AUGGUCAAAUGGCACGGCUUCGCCUGCGCUGCCGCCGCCGCCCUCGGCCACAGCGGCAUCGACGCGACGCGCAAGUACGCGUCGCAGACGCUCUCCUCCGCCGAGCUCGUGACGCUCGUCGGCAUUCUCGAUGCGCUCUUCCUCUCUUCCUUCAUCCUCGCGUUCCGCCUCGUCACCGACCUGCGCUUCGUGACGUGGAAGCUCCUGCAGAUUCUCGUUGCCAGCUCAGCAGCGAAGAUCCUAGCUGGCGUCAUGUACCAGCGCGCGUUACACGUGGCACCGAUAUCCACGACUGUUCCAAAGAGGGCCGGCGUUGUCUGGCAGUAUCUGCACGGCCCGCUGAAGCGGUUACGAGUGGUGGUAACCGCAUGGGCGAGGGCACCAAUGCGAGUGGCAGCGCGAGUGGGGCGGGUGCCGUGGGUGGUGGUGAAGGGGGCGUUGAGGUGGGUGGGCGCGCAGAAGCGCCACGAGGGGCCGCUGCUCAUGAUGGGGUGCGCUGUGCUGCUCAGCUUCACCAACGGGUGUGACAAGCUGGGGGUGCACCACUCGCCCUCAGUGGUGGUGUUUGCGGGCCUGCAGCGCCUCUUCAUGGCCGUGCCGCCCGUGCUCUACCUCGCUGCCACCAGGCCAUCGGCGUUCCCACUGCUGCUGAAGCACUUCCCCCUGCUAGCGGGCAUAUCAGCGUGUGAGAUCACGGCCAUUGUCUUCUACCUGCAGAGCCUGCACUGGCUCCUCGUCUCCUACUCCGUCGCUGCCAAGCGCAGCAACAUUCUCAUCUCCAUGUUCGUUGGUUACUUCCUCUUCAAGGAGAACAUAUGGAAGAGACUACCAUACGUGCUGCUCAUGAUUGCUGGAAUGACACUCAUCAUCUUUGCAGCAUGA